CUUUUGCCCACCUCAAAGAUGGGUUAGUCGUCGAACCCUUCAAGCAGAGUCGUCGUCAUGGAAAAGGAUAUUACUCUGCCCAUUCUAGCAGGAGAUUGCGUCUCUGGCGAUAGGAAGCGAGUAAGAAUGGCUGAUCCAGAAUCUACCGUCGGCGGAGAGGGCAGACCUGUUAAAUUACCCAAAAUCAAAGACAACGGAGAUGUAGUAGGGUCAACAUCGGAGGCAACCCAGGUCCCUGUCGAUUCAAUAAUGGCUGACGUGGCGACUAACGAUCUAGACGGAAAAACAAACGCCGGCCACGGGGUAGUCUCAGUCAUGGGACGGCAGAGAGCUAUGACGACCGCCGUUUCCACUGUCGUCGACGAGAUCCCUUCUUAUGAUAUUUUUGGAAUUUUCGAUGGUCUUAGGCUUGCUAAAUUAUUAGAGGAGAGGCUGUGUCGGCUCGUGAAGGAGGAGGUAACGGCAUGCCACGGCCGUGGAGUUGCCGCAGACUGGAGUGAAGUGACGAGAUCAUGUUUUUCGGAAGCGGUGGGGACUGUGAGGUCUACUGCAGCGAAAGCGGUGGUUACUAUUGUCGGAAGAGAGGAGGUAAUUGUGCUUUGCCGUGGCGGCGCUAGGGCGGUUCUUUACUCUCAAGGCGGAAUCUCUUUGCCUCUUUGCGACAUCCACCGUCACCAUGUAAUAGCUUUGCCGCUUUGCCUUUUGAUAAUAUUUUAUUUUUGCACCACCUUAAUUGUGGCUUGUAUUUAA